GAGAGUACCAGCCUCACACACACACACAUACAUACACAUUCACGUCGGCUCCCCUGUUGUACUUCGUGGAAUAGUGGAUUACUUUCUAAACUGAGCCACUCAUCGAGCAAAUCCAGGCAUGAUCAGGUGGCAGCGUGUCAAAGUGGUGUUGAACUGUGAAAUGAACCAUGGAGGGGUCCGGGAGGCCAGUCACUAGCCGAGCCAACAGCCGCAGGAGAAGCAGUAGCCCAGGGAGGCCCCGCAGCAUGCAGCUGGGCCCUCAAUAGCACCAAGUGGACCCGGUCCUCUCCUCUUCAUCUGGGGCCAGGGCUGCAGAAUGCUCAGUCCUGUCACCCCAUACAGUUUGUUGAAGAUGCACUGGUCCCCGGAGCACGCCGCCCCCUUAUCUCAGUGGCCUGAGCAGCACCUAGAUGUCACCUCUACCACCUCACCACCGUCUGCCCACAAACACGACCCCUAUGCUACAGCUGCUCGCCGCAGCUAUGCCCCUGCAGGUUACCCUUGGGCAAGUGAUGACAUAUCUGCCCUUACUGCUUCUUCUCUGCUCAAACGCUAUGCUGAGAAGUACUCAGGCUUGGAGCUGUCCUAUGAACGCCCUCCUACAGGGGCAUACUCAGAGCCUGGAACUUUCCUAAAAACUGAAUCUGAGCCAUGGGCUCUGGGUCAGGGCAUGGAGUGUUACCCUGGACUAGAAGCAUUAACUGGCACAAAGGUCGGCUCUGCAUCAGUGGGCAUCCCAGCCACAGGAAGUGUGACAGUAGUGAGCAGUAACUUGGCCUCCGAGCCAGGCUACAGUGGCGCUGGCUCCUGCAGUACCCCAUCAUCUCAGGAAUAUCCUCCUGCCUACAACAGCACCUACCUGUCCUCAGGAUACUGCCCUCAGCCCAGCGCAGCACUUCCGCCUGCCCCCCUACACUCUUUGCAGGCCGCACCUACUCUUGUGCCCAGCUACAGCGCCAGCACUCCAGUCUACAACUAUCCUCCAGGCUGCUAUCCCCAAACCAGCCUGUCGUCUGGAUACAGCCACCCCAGUGCCUCCUACCUUCCCCCUGGGAUUAGUGCCCCCACUCCUCUGGCCCCUAGGCCCACAAUGGUGGGGGGCAGUUACAGCUACCCAUCUCACAGCCUUGGAGGGAGCUCCGAUGGAGGGGUGCCACUGAAACGUAAGGCCUUUGAGAUGGCAGAGGAAGGACAGGAGGCUGGAGAGGUGGAGGGAUCACGCUACAGAAAGUAUGGCAAUGGCCAUGGAAACAGUCAUGGCAAAGGGCACGGUAAUGGCUACGACAUGAGCGGUUCGGCCUCGGACCCACAGGCCUACAAACCAGGAAAGCCCAUGAUGUCACCCCCUUAUGGCGGGGCAGGGGACUACAGCCCACCAUCAAGCCUAGCAGGAGAGAGCGUGACAGGGGAGCACAACUUUCCUCAGCAACAGAGAAUGUCUAUGAAGAUACCCGCAUCGCACACACGAUCCGAGGACCCCACUGCAGGGCGCUGACAACACUGGUUGGACAUGAGAAGAUUCUUGCACUCUUUGAAACCAACCAGGGUUCUCAAUCAUGACAGACUUGGGGGGAAUAAAGUUGGAUUUGUCAAUGAAAGGUUUAGUUUCACUAACAGACACAAGAGGGCACAAGACUGGGAUUUCUUGUGCAUCUUUAAACAUUUUCAUUAUUAAUGUUUUCCCAAAGAUUCACAGGGGCAUUUUGCUCCGUAAGGUUAGGGUAAGUUUUAGGGGUUAAGGUAAGGCAUUCUAAACAUAACUAGCGUUAAGACAGUCUAAACGUGUGAGUGUCUGUUUCUCUCAGGAUCCUAUUUAUUUCCUCUCUGCUACUGCGGCAGCAGCACUGCAAUGUUGCUGCUUUAGAAAUUGGUGUAAUUAUUUGUGGCCAUUAUGUAUGCAAAAGGCCUUUGACUGCAAUACAUUCUACCACAAAAAUCAUUACCGACCAAAAAGUAAGGAGAGCAAUAACUGAAAUGGUGAGGUUGCCAUAGUACUUCAGUACAAUCACUGCUUCUUUACACAGCUCUCUAAGUCUCUAACUCUAAGGCUUGGUCUGUCACCUGGCCUCGAGAAAUGAAUGUUUUCCUGCUCAGCACUCGCUUUCCCCCCAAACUUGACUUGUCUUUUCAGUUUCCUUAACCUCUUCUUGUCAUGGUCUUUAUCGUAUUCUAUCCUGGGGUCCUGCUUCUUGUUCUCAACCUUCUUCAUUACUGAACAACUUUUUAUUUUUGUCCAGUUUAUACAUAACAAGCUGCUUAUCAAAUGAUUACAUAGUAUACAUGAAGCCGCCCUCUAAAAUAGUUUUGAUGUAAAGAAAGAGUGGGGAAAUGAAUUGAAGAUUUUAUGUUCAUUUGUUCAAACGUAUUAAGCGUUCACUCAAUGACAGCAUAUAUGCAGACAGUCUUCAAAGCGUGUUGUUUACAGCAGAUUUCUGCUGAUCCUAAACCUAUUUUCGAAAAAUCUGUGAAUAACAGUGCAACUUACACCUUAAUACUCAAAGUAAAAAGAAGUAAUGACAUGAAUGAUAACAUUCACUCAGAGAAGCUUAAAGGCACGUAAGCCUGUUUUUUAUCUUUUGUUUGGAUGCACAGCCCAGACUGAGAGGCAUACAGAUCUCAAUGGAGGAUAAAUGCUUCUGAGUGCCUCAAAUAAUUGUCACUUAACAUUACAUUCUUGAUGAAGAUCCACCUGCCCGUCUGCAACAGGAUUUACUUUUUUUAAAUAUGCAUUCUCUUUACUUUUGCCUCUCAAAAGGAUGAUUUAUAGUCGUGUUAUUGAAUACUCAGGAAAAAUAUUGUUACCUCAGAAUGAUAAAAUAAGAAUGUAUGUUAUUACCUUAGGGUGUUUGUAGGGAGCUUUAUGGAGCAAGAUGAAAACAGAGCCAUGGCUUUUAUUAAGAGCAAAACAUACUCUGAACACUUCAGGGAAACAAUGAACUUACAAGGCCUUUGAUACUAGUAGAAAAUGCACAUACCCACACAUGCAUGCACACCUACACACACACACACACACACACACACACACUGCUUCUUAGCUCUGGGAAAAUUAAACUUGAGGUUUUUGUACCAAGGCCUGAAAUGUUGAAUGUAAUUCAGAUAUUUUUUUUAAAAGGACAAUACAUGCCAUAAUGUACAUCAAUGGUGUUUUUAGAUAUAUGAAACAUAUUUUCUUCAUGUAUAGAUGUAAUUCUCUUCUAGGUUUUGGUGGAGAAUUGAAUGACAUGUUAAGUGUUAGUGUAGUUAGCAGUGGGAAAACGGUUUUUGUGGACAAACUGUCAAAAACAAAGCACUCCUGAUAAACAACUUUUGACAUAUCAAGACGUACACAUGCUACAGUAUAUGCUUUAUAAUAGGUGUUUAUUAAAUGUCUUAAUAAAGUGUCCAGUCUCCAUUUUCCCAUAUCAGUAUUUUAAAACUGCUGACAGUGUCACCAGGCAAUCAGCUUGAUUUCAACUCUAACAUGAGGCCAUGAAGAAGGGAGAAGUUAAAAAUUUACCAAGUAUGUGCACUGUCAGAAACUAUGUACAGUUACAGCCGUAAACAUUUGUUUUUUUGCCAAGUUGUAGCUUUGUUGCUCUUCUAUGUCACCCCUUCAUCAGUUGUGCCAUACUAUUAUUUUGUUAAAAUCAAACAAAAGUCUUGCCUAAAACCCUGCCCAGAGUGGAUCCCCUUUAAUACUAAGAUUUAGGCUGAAAUGCAGCUUCAGAUUUAGUCUGAAAUUAAAUGUGAUUAAAAGUAUUUUAAUUUGGAAAUAUAAGCACAUUCAUAAAAUUGAACUUGAACUCAGAAUGUGGUUGAGUGUGAAAAAUAAACCUCACACAAAGAUUUACCUUCAAAAAAUUCUGGAGAAAAGAAAACAGAUUAAAGAAAAGGUGUUACACAAAUAAUAUUGUUUGUUACCCCCAGAUUUUAAAAGUAUUUCAGCGCUUAGCUACAACAAUUGAAUGCUCUUCAAUGCCACACAAAGAAUGUGCAUUACAUUUACCUACACACUGCAACAAACGACAGUGUUUGCUGUUUCUUGGUGUUACUCUGAUUCAUUGAAGUAAGUGGAGUUGAAUUUGUCCAGCUGAUGGCAAAUGGCAUUUCAGUGUUAUCUCUGUUAUCCAGUUGUACUUUUGUUGUAUCUUGUACAUUCUCUGUAACCAAUUCUACCUCAUUUUGAAGACAUUGUACAUGGAAAUAUUUAUUUCAUGUCAUUUCACAUGCCAGUUUAACGAGCAAUGCUUCUAACUCUUGACCUGUUAUAGUCUACCUCAUUAAAGACUGUUGUGUCAUGGAAAUGAAGAUAUCACACCAAAGAAA